CGAUAAGAUUGACUUUUGGGAUGCAAGGUUUAAGCUCUAAGGAAGCCAGCUCAAGAUAUGGAACACAUGACAGCAAGCGAAGUUGCAGGAUUUGGAGUUGGCACUUUGUUAGUAUGUGCUACAAUUGCUGCUCCCAAAGUUGAUGCUUUCAUUUCUGCUUCACAAAGAAGUUCUUUGGGCUUGUGCAAGAGGUGUGGUGAUCUAAGGAUGAUAGCAUGCUCAAGAUGCAGAGGAACUGGAUUAAUCAAAGCAAAUGGGCCAUUCAGUUUUAACCUUAUUGAUGACUUAUAUCAGUCCUUUGGGAGUGCUGAAUUGAAGGUAAAAUCUAUUGGAUGUACAAAAUGUCAAGCUAGAGGUCACUUCAGCUGUCCUGAUUGCUCUAAUAUACCUAAAGUUUGAUCCUCAAUCAUGCCAUUGAAGACAUAUGUACUCUUAUGCUCGUGCUUAAUAUAUGAUCAUGAGCUGUCUCCCCAUAGCCAUUGUACUUAAAACUUUUGUUUUAAUACACUGGAUUUUGUAACCCCUCGUAGAUGGAGAUUUGUGACUGGGGGCCCUAUUUAUACUAUCUUCAUAUAUCAAUCUCAAUGUUAUAAUGGAUGUGUUGUGAAUCUUGUCUCUUCCCACCAUUGUACUUAAAACCUCUUUGUCUGAAUGCACUGGAUUUGGUAAUCCCACUUGUAGAUAUAUAUAUUUGUGAGAGUGGCUUCUAUUAUCCCACGUGUUUCGUUAUUAAUCCCAAAGUUAUAAUGGAUGUCCUAUGUAAUCCUGGCUGUUCAAGGUUUGUGUCAAGCAAGGAAAGCAUGUAUAAUGGUAUUCAAGUUCACUAUAGGAAGGUGGGUAAUUAAUUAAUCCUUUUUGCCCAAGGCACACUCAAGUCUGCAACCGCUAGACAUUGAUAAACCAUUUUCUGCUGACGAUAUCUCCAUAAAAAGUACUGUUUUCCUCCCUCGCUACCUUUCAAAACAAAUGCUCACCAUUUCAAAGCAGGCUAUGACUAGGUCAACAUCAGAAUUUGUAGAAACUUGUAACUCAUCAUGAGUUAAACAUAAUAAUGGUACGUAACUUGAAGUUUAGUUUACUUGAUUCAUGUAAUUACUUUUAAAAAAUGAUAUUUAAUAAAUUUGAAAUUCAAAUCUAAUAUCCUAUAACUUUAGGUUGCGGCCUUUUAUGUAAAAAAUAAUAAUAUUAAUAAUGAUAUGUUAUGCAUUUUGCUCACUCCUAGUACUCUUUUGAAACAUUUUUUAGGUAGAUAUGGAGAUGCAUUGAUCCUUACUGCAUGAUUGGGGGAUCUUGCCGUGUCCGAUCCCAAAAAUUGCACCCCAGGAUUUAAACUGACUUCAAAUUUGAAUCUACUGAUUUAACCAUUCUAGGAGACACUCUUUUGAAAUUGUAAUUAGAAGCUUGUAGAUCAAAACCAUAGCGCAUUUGUUGCUAACCAAUACUGCUUAAGUUCUU